AUGACAAUCAGAUUGAAAUGGUGCUGUAUGGAAACGCUAACACUGUCUCAUUACGGAGCAUCACAUCCAUUUAUUUUACUGCAAGCACAGAAUGCGGGCUCUUCUCACGCUCUCGCCAAUUUCACUUCCCACUUACACUUCAUUAUCUCUGACAUAAAUGGCAGACCGUCCGGGGGUGGACUGACCUUUUUCAUGGCUCCUUUUGACUGGGAGCCGACUGUAGAUCCCAGUUGUCAAUCGCUUGGUCUCUUUAAUCAGACAUAUGACGAAAAUAUCUCCAAUCAAAUUGUCGCUGUGGAGUUUGAUACGUUCCAGAAUUUUCCCUUCGAUAUGGACGACAACCAUGUGGGAACCGAUGUCAAUAGCGUUGCUUCCAAGAUGAACACAUCUGUGAGCCCGCGUUUUCUCAAUAAUGGCCUCCCAUGGGACGCAUGGGUGGAUUAUGAUGGCGUAGCUAAGAAGCUUCAACUAUAUCUUGUGUCUUCAGACGACCCUGCCGUUUCUUUUGGAAAGCCCACAACACCAAUCUUGUCGUAUGAUAUAGACCUCAGUCAGUUUCUUCCUCAGAACAUCACCAUUGGCUACCCUGCUUCUCCUGAGUUAGAUUUCAUGGAGUCUCACUAG